UCUAUUCCCCAUCUCCCCGCUUUAUUCUUUUAUCUGAAUAUUGCCGAUUACUUAGGUAUUUAACAUCUUUUUGUAAUGGUAGUAUUCGGAGUGGGGGGCGUGGCUGAUUAAGUUACCGUCCGUUAUCCUCGGCCAGCUUCGGCUUCAUGACCUCAUAAACGCCGGAGCUUGUGCUUCUCAACUUCACCUUCACUUUAAACAGAGACUACGAUUUCUAAGCCAGAAGAUUCAAUUCCCAAGUGAUUUAUAUCGCGGCCUUGAUUGAGUUUCUUAUAAAUAGAUCUAAUUUUCAAUUGGUAUCCUUCCAUUCCCCAUUGAAGAGUUGUGCGUUAUAUCCAGUAGCUACGUCUCAUUCAUAUUAGUUCACACAUAAUGAACACACUGCGGACCUUGAGGCCGCUAGCCUCACGCCUCCAACCAUACACGCUCCCACGCACAGUCCGCCAGUUCUCCGCCACCUCAUCAAGAUCCUAUGAAUACCUCCUAGUAUCAGAGCCCAAGCCGGGCGUCGGCCAAGUAACCCUCAACCGGCCCAAAGCCUACAACGCGCUCUGCACACCCCUGAUCGAUGAGCUCAACCAAGCGCUCGACGCCUUCAACACGUCAGACUCGAUCUCCGCCAUCAUCCUGACCGGGUCGGAGAAGGCGUUCGCGGCCGGCGCCGACAUCAAGGAGAUGGCGCCGCUCACGUUCUCGGAGGCGUACAAGACGAGCUUCAUCGAGUCGUGGUCGCGGCUGACGACGAGCGUCAAGAAGCCGAUCAUCGCCGCCGUAUCCGGCCACGCCCUCGGCGGCGGCUGCGAGCUCGCCAUGAUGGCCGACAUCCUGUACUGCACCGAGCGCGCCAACUUCGGCCAGCCGGAGGUCAAGCUCGGCACGGUUCCCGGGGCGGGGGGUAGCCAGCGGCUCACGCGCGCCGUCGGCAAGGCGCGCGCCAUGGAGCUCAUCCUCACGGGGAACAACUUCAGCGGCGUCGACGCCGCGAAUUGGGGGCUCGCGGCUAAGGCGUUCCCCACCUACGAGGCGCUGAUGGAGGGCGCGCUGAAGACGGCCGAGACUAUCGCGGGAUACUCGCGCGUCGCGGUCAUGGCGGCCAAGGAGGUCGUGAACAAGAGCCAGGACUUGUCGCUGAGGGACGGGGUCGAGUACGAGAGGAGGGUUUUCCAUAGCUUGUUCGGGAGCCAGGAUCAGAAGGUUGGGAUGAAGGCGUUUGCGGAGAAGAAGAAGCCGGAGUGGACGCAUGAAUAGGGGGGAUCCUUCGUAAGUGGGUUGGGUGUGUUAAUGUAUGGCAUAGUAUACUUAACUACCUAGUUUAGGUAUCUCGUGAGAUGAGUCCGUAAUGAGACGUAGGUCACGCCGCUUUAGAACAUAUGCCGUAUUACAAGCGAAUUUUGAAGGAUCUAAGUCAGAUCCAAUUUGUUAGUUCAAUUACCACCAACACGCUUUUUGGUUUCAGAUUCGCGAUCAAUCUAGAUUGGUCUUUUUUGUUGU